UACUCACUUUUGUGAGAUACUGUGUACUCUCUCAUCUGUGCAACCCGAGCUCAGUUUGCAUAGGAAGCAAGCAUACAGCCGUUAAACAAGAAGUGAUCUCUUAAAAUGGGUAUGAGAACUAAGUCACUCAUUCAGCAGUCAUGUUAUUCAGAGCCUAAAUGGUAUCUUUAAAUACAGAGUGUAUGUUUCUUUCUCUUCUUACAUUAUAUAACACAUCUCUGGCUUGUUCAACAUGGUGUAGACAGAAACACAUUCAAACUCCAUGUUUGUAGGCUGCAAGGUGUUCUGGGAAAUGAAGUUUCCAGCUGAUUCUGGCACAGACACGACACAAUGAAGGGGAUUCCAGAUGGGAUUACAGCUAUCAAGGGAUUUUGCAAUUUUUCAAUUUUUUUUCUUUUUUUCCCCCCCACUUCAGAUUUCUUAAUACAGCAACAAAUUUGGAAUCCCCAUGACCUGCAUACACCAUGAAGAGUCUGGCUCUAAUAAUGACACUGACACCCUUGUUCUGUUGGCUUGGAAACAAAUUUGCUAAUGUUUAUUUGGAGGACCUGUAGAGGAGAGAGAGAGAGAGAGAGAGAGAGAGAGAGAGAGAGAGAGAGAGAUUACUUACAGUAUGACUCAAACAGAUUUUAUAACACGUUACAGUAUAAUCAAUGUUAUUUUCACUUUCAGUUUGCCUUUUGGGAGCUGACUCUCUGCUGAGGCGUUGCUUGACAUGGUUACUAUAGUUACAAAGAGUAAAAACAAGUGAUAACUUGGUGUGUCAUAGCUCAGUGGAGUACUCUUUACUACACUGGCUGGAGGAAGGCAAAACAGCUCAGUGGUGGCUUGCCAGGAUACAAGCAGAGACGUUCAGGUAGUCAGGGAAAGAAAAUAAAUCACAUUUGGACAGAGAAAACUUUCAACUUCACCCAGAGGAUUUGAAAAGAAGAAGGAGACAUGCUAUCAUGGGUUACCUCUUGGUUUGGCUCAUCAAAGGAAACAAAUUCCAGCCCUCCACGUUCCAAUGUUGAGACAGUCAAUUCAUCACUCAAAACAAAUUCCAGCCCUCCACGUUCCAAUGUUGAGUCAGUCAAGUCAUCACUCAAAUUUGAUAAGCCAUGGAGGAUAAUGCCUUGGGGGAACAAAGACAGUUUAGGAGAGAAACUGAGGAACUUUAAGCUCUGCAGUUCUGAUGUUAAGUUUGUCAGGAUUCUGGUUGUUGGUGAAGUUGGAGCGGGAAAGUCCAGCUUUAUAAAUUCAGUCAAUAAUGCUUUCCAAGAGCGAAUCACCUGUGGGGCUCUUGUUGAUACAACAUCUGGAACCAGUUUCACAAAAAUUUACAAAACCCAUCAUAUCAAGGGGAAGGACGGCUCCCAUUUACCUUUUGUGUUCAAUGACAUCAUGGGACUUGAAUCUGCCGAUGGACAAGGCGCACAUGUACAGGACAUCAUCACAGCCUUAAAGGGGUUUCUUGAGGAAGGAUAUAAAUUUAAUCCUGCUACUCCUGUGUCUGAGAAGGACUCCAACUACAAAACAAAUCCCAAAGCUUCUGAUCAAACCUUCUGCCUGGUCAAUGUUAUAGCUGCAAACAAAGUGUCACUCAUGAACCAAAAGCUUAUUCAAAAGAUGAAACGGAUCCGUGAGGUGGCUUCAGAGUAUAAUUUGCCUCAAGUUAUCAUCGUGACAAAAGUGGAUGAAGCCUGUCCACUGGUUAAAGAUGACCUAAGAAAGGUGUACACCAGCAAGAAGAUCAAAGUAAAGAUGCAGGAGUGUAGUAAUCUGCUGGGUAUUCCACUGAGCCACAUCUUCCCUGUGAAGAACUACCAUGAGGAGGUGGAUACGAACGAUGACAUGGAUGUUCUGAUCCUCAAGGCACUCGAGCAGAUUGUGCAUCUCGCCAGUGAUGCUCUGGAAAACCAAAACCCUAGUGAGAACUCUGAGUGAAGGCUUUUUUUUUUCCACUCCUACACUACACUAGUGCAGUGUCCGGCUUGUGAAAAGAAUAAAACAGCAUGAAACAUUGUGUCAUAGCUAGUCUGUAACAUGUGUAAUGUAGAUAUUAUUAUUAUUAUAAAUCUCUUUCUUCUGGUUUGUGUUUGAUUACUGGAAUUGUCACCAAAGUAUUGCCUACUGCACUUUGGACUUA